AGGUUUUGGGAAUAUGAAUCUUGGGAAUAAGGGCCUUGGGAAUAUGAAUCUUGGGAAUACGAAUCUUGAAAAUAGGUGUCUUGGGAAUACAAAUCUUGAGGAUAGGGGUCUUGGGAAUACGAAUCUUGGAAAUAUAGAUCUGGAUGUGAAUCAUAAAAAUGUGAACCUUGAAAAUUGA